AUGUCAUCACCCCCUGAUACACAGGGCAACGGCCAGGCAUCGUCGAGUGCAUGGACCGAACCGCCGUGGUCGGGGUGGAUAGAGACAACUGGAGAUGCUCUCCUUAUCCUCGAAGCCGCACGUCGGGGCCUUAUCCCUCGUGUCACCCGUCGCUUAGUUGACUCUGAGCGGAAGAUGAUCACCUCCGGCUCCGUGUUCGUUUUCGAUGAGGACGAGAGCGGCAUCAAACGAUGGACAGAUGGUUUUUUCUGGAGCCCGUCCAGGAUACUAGGCAACUUCCUGCUGUAUCGCGAGACGGAAAAGAAGGGUACGGGGCACAGAGGUGCUCGUGUGGAAGUGCCUGAUGGACACGAGCAGUUCGGUCCUGAUGGGGGCAAGCUCGAGGGCCAAACGCUUAGCAGGCCAAGGGGCGAAGCAAGCCGGCUUGGAAUUGACCGACAUCGGGAGCGGAGCUUGGUCGGUAGCUUGACGAAUAGCUACAAGUUUAAGUCUGGUGGAAUGAUGAAGAAGACAUUUUCGUUGACGAUCAACGGAGUUUCACAACACCUGAUCUCUUAUUACAAAAUCGAAGACGUUGAAGAUGGGCGUCUGAGAUCACCUUCAUCAUAUCCUGAACUCGCCUCGCUAGACAUCAGCCCGGAGUACCUCGAUAAAACACAUUUCCGAAAUCCACCCAAAGUUGAGAUUGGCAUGGACGGACUCCCACGAUAUCGCGGCGAAGCGGAUGAUGUCGAGCCAUCACCCCACGUCCUCACGACCCCCACUGGCAUCCCUAUUCUCAGUGCGCCGACGGACAUUGGUGGUGUGUCAGGGGGCAAGCGCCCAAAACGAUUCGAUCCAUACGCAGGCACAAAGCGAUCCCGGAAGGGCAAGAGCACUCAGGCCCAGAUAGCGUCGCCGACGGAGCCAGGGUAUAGUGUGGGACAGACAGGGUAUGCAGACCCCAAUCUUAUGAUUCAACACCACUAUCCGUAUGGGAUGCCGCCACCGCACCCGUACUAUCAGAUGGGAUACAACAUGAGCCAGCAUACAAUGUACCCGGCAGGUCCCUAUGCUCCGCCGCCUGCGGUGUCCCCUCCCGUGGUUCCGGAAUCUCCCACAUCACCUGUCUCACAACAAACAGGCUCACCCACAUCCCCGACCGGAGCUUCUGUGCAAGGGUAUCCAGCGUAUAUGUCGCCGCCAACGGGAGAUGUGUCCCAACAGGCUUUCUAUGGGUAUUACCCACCGCCUCCACCGGGAUACUCCUCGUAUUGGCCGCCGUACGCAGGAUAUGCCCCACCACAGAUGGUGUCUUCCGUGUUGCCGGUCGAAGGUAUGGUCGCCGAUGUCAUAGUAACGGAGGUGGAGCACAAGGGGAUGGACGAGAAUGUCGUCCAUGUUGUGGACGGUAGCGGCGGGCUGGCUGCGGUUGAGACGUGAUUUCUUCUCAGGGUUUUGCGGUUUUGCUCUCAGGUUCUCCUCUGUUUAUCUGUACGCCUCCCUCGCGAUACCUCUCUUCUUGUGUGCACACGUUACGCUCUGUUUAUGCCUUUCGUUCGCUCAUUCCGUUCGUCGUGUUGGUCGCUCUGUUUUGUCGUGUGGCAGUCGUUUGUUCCUUGUACUCUACAUCGUAAUGUCCCCUACCCUAUACGUCACAUACUUCCUCGGAUGUUCCACCGUGCACGAAUGCACAUUUUUAUGGAAAUUUGACGCUAAAUCAGGAUC